CCGAGCCGCGUUAGUCUCUCUUCACUUUUGUUGCCUUGCAGACAAAUCAGUGGACUAGCUAGCGUUUUGCUUGCUACAAUAGUCAUCAUUACUGGCCAUAAGCUUUCCUCCACGUGCGCCUAACGUGCUUGAAGAAUAUUAUUUGAAAAAGUUAAAGGAAUUUAAUUCUACUUUACACAAUGAGAGAAUGCAUUUCAGUUCACAUCGGGCAAGCCGGAGUCCAGAUCGGAAAUGCAUGUUGGGAGUUGUACUGCCUGGAGCAUGGAAUCCAACCCGAUGGACAGAUGCCAUCCGAUAAGACCAUUGGAGGUGGCGAUGAUUCGUUUAAUACCUUUUUCAGCGAAACUGGCUCGGGAAAGCACGUGCCUCGUGCAGUUUUUGUGGAUUUGGAGCCCACUGUAGUAGAUGAGGUUCGAACGGGUACUUAUCGACAACUGUUUCACCCGGAACAACUAAUUACCGGCAAGGAAGACGCCGCCAACAAUUAUGCUCGAGGACACUAUACCAUUGGCAAGGAGAUCGUUGAUUUGGUUCUGGACCGUAUACGCAAACUUGCUGACCAAUGUACUGGUCUGCAAGGGUUCCUCGUUUUUCAUUCAUUUGGCGGAGGUACCGGAAGUGGUUUCACUUCAUUGCUAAUGGAAAGGCUGUCGGUUGACUAUGGAAAGAAAUCCAAGCUCGAAUUCUCUAUAUAUCCAGCACCUCAGGUCUCGACGGCAGUCGUGGAGCCGUAUAAUUCUAUCCUUACCACCCAUACUACUUUGGAGCACUCCGACUGUGCGUUCAUGGUCGAUAACGAGGCCAUCUACGAUAUUUGCCGCCGAAACUUGGACAUUGAGCGACCUACUUAUACUAAUCUUAACCGUUUGAUCGGCCAGAUAGUUUCCUCAAUUACUGCUUCGCUACGUUUCGAUGGUGCCUUGAAUGUUGAUUUGACCGAAUUCCAGACGAAUCUGGUACCUUACCCCCGAAUUCAUUUCCCACUUGCCACGUAUGCUCCUGUAAUUUCCGCCGAAAAAGCUUACCAUGAACAACUAACUGUUGCCGAAAUUACCAACGCAUGUUUUGAACCUGCUAAUCAAAUGGUCAAAUGUGAUCCACGUCAUGGUAAAUACAUGGCAUGUUGUAUGCUCUAUCGUGGUGACGUUGUUCCGAAAGAUGUCAAUGCUGCAAUCGCAACAAUCAAAACCAAACGUUCGAUUCAAUUUGUCGAUUGGUGCCCUACUGGAUUCAAGGUCGGUAUAAACUAUCAACCUCCAACGGUAGUUCCUGGCGGCGAUUUGGCAAAAGUUCAGCGAGCGGUUUGCAUGUUGUCCAACACCACUGCUAUCGCUGAGGCGUGGGCCCGUCUGGAUCAUAAAUUUGACUUGAUGUAUGCUAAAAGAGCUUUCGUACAUUGGUAUGUAGGAGAAGGAAUGGAAGAAGGAGAAUUUUCCGAGGCUCGUGAGGAUUUGGCUGCCCUGGAAAAGGAUUACGAAGAGGUUGGAGUAGACUCUACGGAAGAAGUCGGCGAAGGUGAUGAAUACUAAUUGGGUUGUAGACGCCCGAUCACGAUUCGAUUGUUAGGAUUUGGAGUAUUUGUGUCAAAUCAAAACGAUUUAACACUUAAAUGUCCAUUGAUUCUCUCACCACACAAGAGCAACAUUCAAAGAAGCCUUGACACUGCCUGUUCAACCAUUUUUAAUAACAUUUAAUACUGGAAAGAGACAUUGACAGAUUUUACAAACAUGUACUAAUUUAUUUAACAGAUAAAGCACACAUUUUGCUUGAUUCAA